AGGAUUUUUUGGUAGCAUAUUUGGACUGAUGGGUGUAUACAUUUAUGAUGGAGAGCAACUGUCAAAGAAUGGAUUUUUUCAAGGAUACAAUAAACUUACUUGGAUAGUUGUUGUUCUACAGGCACUUGGAGGGCUGGUGAUUGCUGCUGUUAUAAAAUAUGCAGACAACAUUUUAAAGGGAUUUGCAACUUCUCUCUCCAUUAUACUGUCAACAUUGAUCUCCUAUUUCUGGCUGCAAGAUUUUGUCCCUACAAGUGUCUUUUUCUUCGGAGCCGUCCUUGUAAUAGCAGCUACUUUCCUAUACGGUUAUGAUCCCAAACCUGCAGGAAAUCCUAUUAAGGCAUAGCAGACUUCCUCAUCAACCUGCUGCUCAAGAUCAUGCACUGGGGGCCUUGCUAACGGUGGCAUGGGGAAAGUGUCAUUGGGCACUGCAAGGAAAGGAUUACUACCCUGAAUCUGUUGAAGAAACGCUUAUGAGUAGUUUUGAACAGCCAGAGGGAUUAAAGGUGGAUGAUGAUACUGUCUGUAACUGAUGAGGAAAAAAAAAAACAAUAAAAAAAAGGCAGCAAGGGAAUGUCCCGUGCAACUUGCUAAUAAAAACUUGAAAGGAACAAAAAGUUUCCAAGAAACUGCAAUUAGGAAUGUUUACAGCUUUUACUGGGAUUGCAUCAAAGGAAUUUACUGUAUUGACUGCUGCAUACGUCCUAUGCACUCUUUGAAAGAGCACAUGACAAUAAUGUCAGAUUGUAUGUUUUUGCAAUUUGACUCUAUUUAAUCUUAGUAAAUAUGUUUUUAACUAUUUGUCUAUUUACAAGAAAUCAGCUGAAUACACAUCUUAGUCCUAAAGUGAUGGUUCUAAUUAGGUAUUCUGUAUUAAAACUGUGAAGAUUGAAGUAUGAUUGAAAGACACUUUCACAAUAUCAAGUAUUUUUAUAUUUUUAGAAGGCUGAUUUAAUAACAGAA